AUGGCGCUGCAGGCCAUUCGACGAGCUGUUCUGGGGCAGACGCGCCAACCACCAAACUAUCCUACAAACCCGACCGAUACCGUGCUACCAGUCUAUUAUUUUGAUGACGCCCCCCUUUUGCGCAACUGUGUAGAGUGUUGGACGCUCAGGUUCAAUGAUCCGCUGGAUGCAGAGAUGCUACGGGAGUCUCUUUCUCGUGUCAUUGCUCGACCGGGAUGGCGAAAACUGGGAGGACGGAUCCGCAUGAAUAGCAAAGAAAAAUUGGAAAUUCAUGUUCCCGAGACUUUUACUUCGGAACGUCCUGCGCUCGGUUUUCAUCAUGACACGUUCGACGUCAGUAUAGAUGCACAUCCUUUGGCCUCUGAAUUCCCACGUCCCACUCCAGAUCGACCAUCUAUCCAAGACAGUCGCUCAGAUUUUACGGCUUUAGGUGUUCCUCCAGGAACUCCACUCAGUCUCAAUGAUUAUCUCAAAUCCGAUUACCCACAGUUGACCCUCCAUGUCGUAUCCUUCACCGACGCGACUCUGGUCUCACUUUGUUGGCCUCACAUCGCCGUCGAUGCUACGAGCCUUCGCGAUCUCGGCAUUGCUUGGAGUCUGGUGCUUGCUGGGCGUGAGUCAGAGAUCCUGCCUAUGUUGUCUGCGGGCGAAGACCCCAUGGCUCACGCAGGAGAUAACCCUGCUUUUACCAAGCCGUAUGCCCUUGAAAAACAACAGGUUAAGGGCUGGCGGAUGUACUUGUUUCCCUUUUUUUACGUUUUCGACCUACUACGGUGGCGUACACUAGAGAGUAAAAUACUCUUUCUGCCUCGAAAAAAUGUUGAACAACUCCGCAAUCAGGCUUUGGAUUCUCUCGGCAAAACUUCUUCACCUCCAUUCAUAAGCGAAGGCGACGUCAUAGUCGCUUGGCUAUCCAUAGUCGUGGCGUCAGCUCUCUUUCCACAAGACUCAAGGCGAUCAUUCACUAUCGGAAAUGCAUACGAUCUCCGAGGGCGCGCACCGUCACUCUUUCCUAUCGAGAGUGGCAAGGGAGCAUACGUGCAAAACGCCGUACUUCCUUGUUGGACAAUUGUCCCUGCCAAGUCCAUGCACAACCGUGGGGAUAGCACUCUUGGGACUAUCUCACUAGCACUUCGCAAUAGUCUUAAAGAGCAAACAACCGAAGCCUCUAUUCAUGCUCUGGCUCGCCUCACACGAGAGUCGCUGGACUUUGCUGGAGUACCGCCGCUGUUCGGCAACGCCAACUCGGUUUACAUCUACUAUACCAGCUGGGUCAAAGCUAAUCUUUUCGAAGCCCUCAACUUUGAGCCAGCUAUUUUGAGCACCUCUGCCUAUAGGAAUAGCCUGAAGUUUUCGACCAAGAAAGAUAUCUGGGAACCUGCAGCUAGAGGCCACCCCGUCUACUACCACAUUCUGGGAGUCAGCCCAAGCAACAUACUUGCGAGAAAUGCAUCUAUCAUAUCUAGGACUCCUAAUGGCGAUUAUUGGAUUAACGGAAGUUACCCACCCGAAGUCUGGAAGGUGAUGGAGUCAAUGAUUUGA